GUUUUCCCCAUCCUAAAAAGAACCUGCCCAAAUGAAAACUAGCUCCAGUUUGCUAUGGCAAACGAAUAAACCACUGUAUACACCAAAGGUGAAAACCACAGCGAUAACAGCUAACCAUUAUGCAAGGAGAACCCCAUUCUCCCCUGCAUGGUCACAAUAGAUGGUUCAGUCCAUUUUAUUGGCUUCUGCAUUUAAACCAGCUCCACCACCCUCAGCGGCGUCCUUCACCAAAACCAGGACUGGAGCAGCAGCCAGAGAUCAUGUCAGCUUUCGGUUUCCUCGCUUCGUUACCAGAGGAUCAUUUCGUCUGUACGAUCUGCCUGAACGUCUUCAGUGACCCGGUCACUACACCUUGCGGUCACAACUUUUGCAGGACCUGCCUCAGUCAGCACUGGGACAGAAGUGAGUUAUGCCACUGUCCAACGUGCAGUAAAAGAUUCUAUGUGAGGCCCGAGUUCUCCACAAACACCGUCAUCGCAGAGAUUUCAGGCCAAAUCAAGAAGAGGAAGGUGGAGACACUUGAAGACAUGGACGCACCGGGAAAAGUGAAGUGCGACGUGUGCGCUGAUUUACAGUUCAAGGCCUUGAAGUCUUGCCUGGUGUGUCAGAUGUCGUACUGCGAAGCCCAUCUGGAGCCUCACCAGAGAGUUCCCUCUUUAAUGAGACAUGAGCUGAUCGAGCCAGUGGAGAAUCUGGAGGCGAGGAUGUGCAGGAAGCACGAGAGGAUAAUGGAGUGUUCCUGCAGAGAUGAUCAGGUGUGCAUCUGUCUGCUGUGCAGUGAGACAGACCACAAGACAGUGCCUGUUAAAGAAGAAGGGGCUCAGCAGAGAGAAAAUAUUGAGUCUCAAAAAGCAAAGGUCAAACUGAUGAUUGAGGAGAGGAUGGAAAAGAUGAAGGAAUUUACAGAGUGCUCCGAACUGCGGAAGAUAAAAGCAGACCAAGAGAUUGAGGAGAGCAAUACACUAUUCAGUAACCUGAUAAACAAAGUUGAAGAGAUGCAGGCAAAACUACGAUCAAACAUUCAAAUCAAGCUCAGAACGUCACAAGAGAAAGACGAAGCAGUAAUUCAAGAGUUGCACGACGAAAUCGCAGAACUGGAGAGAAAACACUCAGAGCUGGACGAGCUUUCACAAAAUGAGGACCACCUGUGGCUCUUACAGACUUUGAAGGCUCUGAGCAAUAUUUCAGCCUCCAAGGAUUGGUCCAAGAUCAAGGUUUACUCAGACUUGUGUGUGCAGACGGCGAGGAAAGCCAUGGCUGAUCUUGUGCACACUUUCAAAACUGAACUGAAAACUCUCACAAAAGCGGAACUGACCACAAUAAGGCAAUAUAAAGAAUCGGUCACCUUUAACCCUUCCACUGCCGGUGAGGGCCUUGUGGUGACAGAAUCUGGGAAACGUCUGAAGUACUCCAGAGCAGCAAGCCUCUCGUCUGACUCUGGGAGGUUUGACUGUCCCAUGGCCUUUGGGACAGAGGGCUUCACCUCUGGCCGGCACUACUGGGAAGUCCAAGUGGCCCUGACAAAUGGCUGGGAUGUGGGUGUUGCCAAGGAAACUGUAAACAGAUCAGGAAAGGUUUUUUUGAAAAGAGAAAAUGGAUUCUUUGCCAUAGGAAAAAGGUUUUUGGACUAUAAAGUUCAAUCCACACCCUACAUAGUUCUCUACCUUUGCCCUAGGCCAAGGUUAAUAGGAGUGUACCUGGACUAUGAAGAAGGCAGAGUCUCAUUUUUUGAUGUGAAUGAGAACUUGCAUAUUUACUCUUUCACAGGGGAGUCUUUCACAGAGAAACUAUUUCCAUACUUUUAUCUACUAGGUACAUCAAAGAAAUCUGAGCCUUUGGUUAUCAAGGAUUGGGUUCAUGAGCUUUAUGGACAGGGCCUGAGUUUAUGGGUAUAUGCUGUCCAGGAGGAGAUCAUGUCAGCUUUCGGUUUCCUCGCUUCGUUGCCAGAGGAUCAUUUCGUCUGUACGAUCUGCCUGAACGUCUUCAGUGACCCGGUCACUACACCUUGCGGUCACAACUUUUGCAGGACCUGCCUCAGUCAGCACUGGGACAGAAGUGAGUUAUGCCACUGUCCAACGUGCAGUAAAAGAUUCUAUGUGAGGCCCGAGUUCUCCACAAACACCGUCAUCGCAGAGAUUUCAGGCCAAAUCAAGAAGAGGAAGGUGGAGACACUUGAAGACAUGGACGCACCGGGAAAAGUGGCGUGCGACGUGUGCACUGAUUUACAGUUCAAAGCCUUGAAGUCUUGCCUGGUGUGUCAGACGUCGUACUGCGAAGCCCAUCUAGAGCCUCACCAGAGAGUUCCCUCUUUAAUGAGACACAAGCUGAUUGAGCCGGUGGAGAAUCUGGAGGAGAGGAUGUGCAGGAAGCACGAGAGGAUAAUGGAGUUUUUCUGCAGAGAUGAUCAGGUGUGCAUCUGUCUGCUGUGCAGUGAGACAGACCACAAAGACCACAAGACAGUUACUGUUGAAGAAGAAGGGGCUCAGCAGAGAGAAAAUAUUGAGUCUCAAAAAGCAAAGAUCAAACUGAUGAUUGAGGAGAGGAUGGAAAAGAUAAACGAAUUUAAUGAGGGCUCCGAACUGCGGAAAGUAAAAGCAGACCAAGAGAUUGAGGAGAGCAAUACACUAUUCAGUAAUCUGAUAAACAAAGUAGAAGAGAUGCAGGCCAAACUACGAUCAAACAUUCAAAUCAAGCUCAGAAAGUCACAAGAGAAAGACGAAGCAGUAAUUCAAGAGUUGCACGACAAAAUCGCAGAACUGGAGAGAAAACACUCAGAACUGGACGAGCUUUCACAAAAUGAGGACCACCUGUGGCUCUUACAGACUUUGAAGGCUCUGAGCAAUAUUUCAGCCUCCAAGGAUUGGUCCAAGAUCAAGGUUUACUCAGACUUGUGUGUGCAGACGGCGAGGAGAGCCAUGGCUCAUCUUGUGCACACUUUCAAAACUGAACUGAAAACUCUCACAAAAGCGGAACUGACCAGGAUGAGGCAAUAUAAAGAGUCAGUCACCUUUAACCCUUCCACUGCCGGUGAGGGCCUUGUGGUGACAGAAUCUGGGAAACGUCUGAAGUACUUCAGAGCAGCAAGCCCCUCGUCUGAUGACUUUGGGAGGUUUGACUGUCCCAUGGUGUUUGGGACGAAGGGCUUCACCUCUGGCCGGCACUACUGGGAAGUCCAAGUGGGCCUGAGAAACAACUGGGAUGUGGGUGUUGCCAAGGAAAAAGUAAACAGAUCAGGAAAUGUUUUUUUGAAAAGAGAAAAUGGAUUCUUUGCCAUAGGAAAAAGGUUUUUGGACUAUAAAGUUCAAUCCACACCCUACACAGUUCUCUACCUUUGGCCUAGACCAAGGUUAAUAGGAGUGUACCUGGACUAUGAAGAAGGCAGAGUCUCGUUUUUUGACGUGAAUGAGAACUUGCAUAUUUACUCUUUCACAGGGGAGUCUUUCACAGAGAAACUCUUCCCAUACUUUUAUCUACACAGUAGGGCAAAGAAAUCUGAGCCUUUACUUAUUAAGGAUUGUCUUUAUUUCUAGUUCACUUCAUUCAACAAUCAAAAUGAUAAAUGAAUAAUAAGGUCAAAGUUUAUAACUCAGAUAAGUGCUGCGCAAUCUGAACAUCAAUAAAACUUAUUCGGAAAUGACCAAUUUAAGGUUAAUAAUUAACACCGAUUGUUGAACCUGUUGCCUUGUUUUACAUUGUAAUAAACUAUGACACAGAAAAAUACCACAUACAAUUUGUUCACAAUUCCAGGCUAUGAACCAUGCAAAUUAUGUUUUAAAUAUGGACUUGUAGAGUGCGUGCACAGUAUAUAACAAACUAAUCAGUAUUAUGUAGUGUUAGUUCCAUCCUCUGUCUGUUUCAGAGCUUUCAUUUAAGGAAACUUGAAAGACUUGAAUCAGUUUUUUGUUAUUACGCAUCCUGUUUAUUUAGCUGUACUCAUAUCACAUCACAGCAUUUACACUUGAGUGGGGUCAAA